AUGACAAUCGACGAAGAGCUAACUAAUGACAAAAUAAAAGCUGGAAACGAAUAUGACUUAACGUUGACCACUAAUGUCAAUAAACAAAUGGGAACGUAUGUAAAUGCUACCACUUCUCGUCUUACAAAACUGUUUUUAGAGUGUACGAAAGAAAGCCCCCCAAAACGCGUGGCAAAGAAUUUAAUGGAAAACGAUCACAACAAUCCUCUUAUUGUAUCUGGAACACUUGAUGAACUUGUUGUAUCUGGAACAUCCGAUGGGAACGAUUCAGACAAAUCCUAUCACCCCAGUUCGGAUGAGUCAGAUGAUGAUGCUUUUAUUGAAAUAAAAAAGAGAAUCAACUAUACUUAUGAUUGGUUUAUGGGAACAGGAAUUAAGAAAUCUUCAUUAAGUGAGGGUGCAAAAAAGAAUAUCGUGCCACAAGAUAUUAUCGAUGACGAUUCAGCCGAGAUCCUAGAUUUUGUAGAAGUGAUACAUAAGGAAAGAUUAGUAGAUAAUGUUAUUUCAGAUGAGUUGGAAACUCGAAGCUUUGCUUCCUCAAUUCAUAUGACGGAAAUUUCAGCGACGGCCCGUCAUCAAAAUUCUUCUACAAUCUCAUUACUCGAUUUAGCUCAAUUAUUUGAUAAAGUGACUGAUGCUGAACAUUACGCUAUGAAAGCUAACCAAGAAGAAACCUUAUGCUGGAUUAAUUAUGGGAAAGAAUUCAUAAUUCA